AUAACGCCCAUGUUGAAGGGCAUUUACCAAUAUCAAUUGCUUAAUGCUGAUCCUUUCAUCUUUGAAUGAAGAACAUUCUUCGUCGUUCUGGGCUUCUAAACCGUAGUUGCGCAAGGCACUGAUUGCAAUUCCAAACUUCAUCGGUCGAGGAAACCUUUGAACAAACUGCGCUGAUUUAAUAUUUGUUUUAAGCACGUCCAUUCUGACAUUAAAGCUCGUAGUCUUGGAACAAUUGUCAUCAGAAUGGAUUACAGAGCGGUUUUGCAGGAAUUGACUUGGACCAGAACAAUCCUCACCUUGCUCAGCGCAACCAUCACCUAUAGUGUGACUUGCGUACUUUAUAACGCAUUCUUGCAUCCGUUGCGCGGUUUUCCAGGACCUAAACUUGCGGGGGCGACAGGUCUGUAUCUCGGGUUCUACAAAUUCCACGGUGAAACACACGUCGUCGUGAAAAGACUUCAUGACGAGUAUGGCCCUGUGGUGCGAGUGGGUCCAAAUCAGUUGUCUUUCAUCGAGGAGACUGCGUGGAAGGACAUCUACGCGUAUCGUGGAAAGGAUAGGUCCCAAAUGCAAAAGGGAGACAAGCGAGGUCCAGGACCCAAAGGGCCUUAUCAUAUUAUCAAUGCACCAGACGAUGUCCAUGCUCGCCAGCGGAAGAUUUUAUCAUCCUCGUUCAGUGAUCGGGCACUUCGAGACAAUCAGUCGCUUCUGAUCGGCUAUACUGAAGAUGUAGCUACGAGAAUUCGAGAGCACGCCGCGACGAAAACACCCAUUGAUAUAGCCAAGUACGUUGAGUUUUACACCUCGGACAUCAUCAGUGAUUUUUGCUUCACAGAGUCGUACGGGCAGCUGAAGGCCAGGGAGCAAGAACCGGUCAUUGCAGCGAUCCACAAAUUCAUACCUAUUGAGGCGAAAAUUAGCAUACUUCCUGCUCCUUUGGCCUUUUUCAUAUUGCUGCAGAUCUUAGGCCGCAACCAAAUAAGGAUGCUUGCCAAAGCGGAGCAACAAAUCAAGACGAGGCUGCAAAAGAAUAUCGACAAGAAGGACGUCAUGCACCAGCUGAUCAGUCACAUUUCGGAAGAUGGGAACGGCAUAACGUUUCGCGAACUGAGCCUAAACACUUUGAUAUUGAUGCUGGCUGGCUCCGAGACAACGGCAACGGCACUGGCAGGAGCAUUCUACUACGUGCUGAAGAACAAGCAUGUCCUACGGAAGCUGACGGAAGAGAUACGAGGCUGCUUUAAUUCGACGCACGAGAUCACCCUCGACAAGCUUGCCCGACUGCCCUAUCUGAAUGCCGUAAUUGAGGAGUCGUUGAGACUGUACUCCCCCGUCCCAGCUGCGCUCAGUCGCGUCACUCCUCCCGGCGGCGCUUCCAUAAGCGGUCACUGGAUCCCAGGCAACACCACAGUUGGAAUCCCUCACUUCGCCGCCUUCCGUUCGGCCAGGAACUUCGCUGACCCGGACGCGUUCCAUCCCGAGCGCUGGCUGCCGAACAGACCGGUCGAAUUCGAAACUGACCGGAGGGCGGCCUUCCAGCCGUUCUCUGCCGGCCCGCGCAACUGCCUGGGCAUGAACCUGGCGUACGCGGAGCUCCGCUUGCUUCUCGGCCGCCUGUUUUACGAGUUCAACUUUGCCCUUGUGGACGAGGAAAGUCGGUGGGACGAUCAGAAAGCGUACAUGCUCUAUAGAAAGCCACCGCUGAUGUUGCACGUUGCUCCUCGCCUUUAGAGCACAAGAAAGGGAUAAGGGGUGGGGAAGCGAGGAGUGGAGAAACAAAGAGUAGGUCAUCUUCGAGCGAUCAGUUUUUGACAUUUCGUCCCGCCUUGCGAAUAUCUUGGCUUAUUUCUCAUUCUAUCCUACAAGUAAUUAUUACCCCAUCUCCUCUUGGACUUUAAGGUUUAAUUCCCGAUUUGGAAUCGUCAUGCGUCUCAAGAUCAUCUGCCUAUUGUCCGUUAUACAUUACCUUUGGCUCUAUAGCGUCAAAGCUCUCAAAUAGUCGUGUUCAUUAUCGUACAUAAAUUUUCUAGUCGCAGAUCAGGUCGUAAAUUUUUUGGGCCUCUCGACUCGGUUGCAUCAACAUCAAAGACGCUUUCUCGUCUUUCACUCGUUGACAACCACCCGCUUUCGGUAGUUCGGCACCUGCGUCCUAUUGUACCAGAGCGGUGCAUCUGUUGGAAGCACAGGUAGUGGAGCAGUCAUUCCGCUAGGG